AUGCCACUCGCUUCUCUCUUGGGUACGACCAAGCCGUCGUUUUCUUUCGUAUCUUCACCGUCUUCGGGUCGCGGUAGCCUCAAUGACCCUUCUUCCAUGACAAUGGACUCUCCAAACGGCAAUAAUUCUGUUCCGUCCGUGUCAGCAGCAGCAGCCGUCGCGGCCGCAAUGGCUCGUCAGCGAGCAACAACACCACAAACACCCUCAUCAGUUCCAACCAAGCAACGCCUGUUAGCCCAUCCUUCUCAUUUGCAACCCGAGUCUCGACCACCUAACUUUCCUGGAAUGCCGAUGGCCCGGCCUGUAAAAGGAAAAACCCGGGCUAGUCUUGGCCCUGAAAUGACCAACGACGCGGCCUAUUCAGUCAUGCGACAUGCUGUUGUUGUUGGUGGUGGUGGUGGUGGUGGUGGUACCAAUGGUGGCAAUUCCAAUGGCAAUGGUGGCGGUGGUGUACCUUAUCCGAAUGACCAACGGCUACCACCCCUCACUCGCCAUACCCAACCCUUAUCCCGGCAGCAACAGGCACCUUUGAAUCAAGCACAACCACACAAGAACAAGUAUGGAUUCCUCGUUAGUGGAGGACCGGGUGUCAUCAUGAAUGAAGCAGACGGACCUGAGUACUGGUUUUCUGCUGAUAGCAUAGCCAACUAUGAACCUCAUGGCUAUGAGCCUCAUUACGAGCCGCCUAACUAUGAACCGCCUAACUACGAGCAAACGUUUGAAGAAGACCAGUUUGAAGCAAGCACUAGCUAUGAGACGAUUGGAAGUUACGAAAACACACCAAGCUACGACAGCGUGGGUCACUACGAAACCAUAGCCAGUCACGAGGGUGCUGACAAUCGACGUAGAGUCGCCUGGAAAAGCUGGAGACAGAUUUUAGCGAGAAUAGCUCACGGUAGGUCUGCUGCCUUUCCUGGAUCGUUUACUGACCAUCGCAGCAUCUUCACAGACAAGAUGGCGGCUCUUCGACAAGAAAUCCAACAAGUGAUGUCCAAAAAUGGAUUGGCUGGCUGGGCUGGUCUACAAAAAAAGGGAAAAAAAAGAGGACACUUUAAAUUCAUAAUUUAUAUCCUAGAUACUCACGCUGGAUUGCUUGAGAGUGUGAGCCAACAAGAGACAAAUAAACGGAAAAUGAUAGAUGACAGUGGACUUUUCUGGGAGUAUCAGCGGCAACAGACAGAUAACCAGGCAGCUCUAAUGAUCUAUCAGGCCGAAGAAGACUAUCAUACCGAGACACAGAAUGUAAGAGAGCGACUCUUUGCUGCACUAGAAGCCAAACGUAGGAAACUAAAGGAGGAAAAGGAUAAUGGAGACUUCACUUUUGAUGUCCCAAUCGAUGCCCAAAUCCGACCACAGAAACGCAAUUUACGUAAAAGAGGGAAUGAAACUACGGAAAUAUUUCACAACUAUAUCCUUAACCCAUUUUCACUUUUACGCCCGUCAUUAGUAUUCAGAUUGACCGAAGACGACAUGAGUUCAGAUAUGAUCAAGAUGCGAGGAGGUAUCGAAUUCCCGGUAAAGAAAGCAUGUGCAGCGGUACACAAGAAGAAGUAA